AUGGCAACGGGGCUCUUCCCCAAGAGGGAAACGAGACUCGAGGUAAUUGUCGGGCAGCCGCGGAGCCGAGCUGUCAGAGGCUCAGCCCGCUGCGAGGAGGACGCUCUUGGACUUGGCCACUUAGCAAACUCAGGACUUGGGACGAAUUUGCCAGCGUUUGAUCCUGGCCGAGCGAGCAGCGCUUCCAUGCUGAGGAUGGAGCCCCUGAACAGCACGCACCCCAGCACGGCGCUCCCUGGCACCCCCCUCGAGUCCCACGACCCCAGCGGAAGGGGCAGCGGCAAGGGGAACGAAUACGUCUACAUCCUGGUGGUCAUGUCCUUCUACGGCAUUUUCUUGAUCGGGAUCAUGCUGGGCUACAUGAAAUCCAAGCGGCGGGAGAAGAAGGCCAGCCUGCUGCUGCUGUACAAGGACGAGGAGCGGCUGUGGGGCGAGGCCAUGAAGCCCCUGCCCAUGAUGGCGGGGCUGCGGUCGGUGCAGGUGCCCGCCGUGAUGCUGAACAUGCUGCAGGAGAGCGUGGCGCCCGCGCUGUCCUGCACGCUCUGCUCCAUGGAGGGGGACAGCGUGAGCUCCGAGUCCUCCUCGCCCGACGUGCACCUCACCAUCCAGGAGGAGGGGGCCGACGACGAGCUGGGGGAGGAGAACUCGGAGACGCCCCUGAAUGAGAGCAGCGAGGGCUCCUCGGAGAACAUCCACCAGAAUUCCUAG